GGAGAAAUAGUCUUGGAAUAUUAUUUGAACAAAGCUGUAUGACAUUUGAAAUGCUGUGUUCUGAGUGAGGUGGCUGGUGUUGUGUGGAGGUCUGCAAUGCUUCUCUCUUCACUCAUGGUAAAUUGCUAAGAUAAAGUCCAUCAAGUAGUUUCUAAAUUAGGAAGGCAGAUAAGGAAAUCUUGACCACCGCAUUCCCUGAGAACAGAAUCACACAGUCCCAGUACUGCCAUGGAGCUCCUGAGCAGUUACCACAGAACUCUCCCUGUUUAUUCUGUUCUGUAAAGAAAAGGUUUUGUUUUCUUGUCUAGAAAUUAUGAGGCUGCGUGUAACUCAGGACCCGGGAGAAGAGGAGCGUGUGGAAGAAGUGGGGGGGGAGGAGGCAUUCAAUAAGCCCAUUGUUGAAGACAGGAACUUGGAGUUCGCCAAGAAGUGUAGCGAGUUGAUAAGUGAUGUGAAGUAUAUGAAAAGUCUAAGGGCAGGUGCAGUUUCGGUCCUGACACUCCUCAGUUUCAACAUGUGAAAAAUCUUGCUUUCAUUUCUGAGAGCAAAUACAAAGAAGCUGGCAAAAAAGACUUUUCCAAUUGCCUUUAUGCACAGAUGUCCGAAACCAGUGAAACACAGUUUGCCAAAGAGUUGUCUCAGAUUCAGAGUGAGAAAAAGUACAAAGAAGACGGCAAGAGAGAAUUUUCCAAUUGCCUUUAUGCACAGAUGUCUGAAACCAGUGAAACACAGUUUGCUAAACAGCUAUCUGAGAUGCAGAGCGAGAAAAAGUAUAAAGAAGGUGGUAAACAGGACUUUUCCAAUUGUCUGUACUCACAGAUGCCACAAACCUUACAAACACAGUUUGCAAAAGAAGCCUCUGAGAAUCAGAGUGAGAGGAAGUACAAAGAAGCAGGCAAAAGGGAGUUUUCUAAUUGCCUUUAUGCACAAAUGUCUGAAACAACUGAAACACAGUUUGCUAAAGAACUAUCACAGAUUCAGAGUGAGAAAAAGUAUAAGGAAGAUGGCCAAAAGCAAUUUUCCAAUUGUCUUUAUGCACAGAUGCCACAAACCAUUGACACUGUGUUUGCGAAAACAGUUUCACAGAAUCAGAGUGAGAAACUUUAUAAACAGAAGUAUGAUGCUGAAAAGGGGAAAUCAGAUUAUUACAACAUGAAGGAACCACCGGCUGUUAGACAUGCCAUCGAGGUCAAUAAGCAUCAAAGUAAUGUGUCAUAUAAGAAGGAUGUGGAGGAUGUCCACAAAUAUUCAGGAACGGCUGACAGACUAGACAUCCGGAAAGCAACCCAGACAGCAAGGCUCAUCAGCAAUGUUGCAUACAAAAGCCAAACAAAAUCAGGGGUGUACAAUAGGCAGUCAGUCUUGGGAAGAUCAGAUAUUGAGCACGCCAAAGAGGUUUCCAAGCUCUCUAGUCAGGUGAAAUACAAAGAGAAAUUUGAGAAAGACUUGAAGGAAAAGAAGCACCAGUAUAACCCUCAGGAGAGCGCUUCUUUCAAACAGGCUCAAGCUGCUUCAGUCUGGGCAAGUGAGGUACAAUACAAGACUGAUUUGCAAGAGCUACAUGAUCCUACCUCAGACUUACCAAACUCACUUUAUCUUGGACAUGCAUUACAGGCCAGCAAACUGCAGAGCAUGUUUGAAUACAAGAAACAGUAUGAGAAAUCCAAAGGGCGGUACCACUUAGCUUUGGACACAGCUGAGCGGCUUCAUCACAAAGAAAACGUGAUUCUUCAGAGUCAGGUGAAAUAUAAAGAAGAUUAUAAGAAAUCCAAAGGAAAGUCAAUGCUGGAAUUUGUAGACACCCAGGCAUACCAAGUUUCAAAGGGAGCGCAGAAGAUUCAAAGUGAGAAAGAAUACAGAAAAGAAUAUGAAGAAGGAAUCAAAGGAAAAGCAGCUGUGGAUUUAGAGAUGACUCCAGGCUAUUUACACGCCAGGCACGCUACCAGCCUUCUUAAUGAGAAAGAAUACAGGAAGGACCUUGAAGAAGGUAUUAAAGGAAAAGGCCUAACGCUGUUGGAAGACACUCCAGACUCAAUCAGAGUGAAGAAUGCAGCUUGGAUAUUAAGCGAGAAGGAAUACAGGAAGGAUCUUGAAAAUGAAAUAAAAGGCAAAGGAAUGCAGCUCAGCACAGGCAUUCUUGAAAUAGAGAGAGCAACAAGAGCCACCGAGAUCAGCAGCCAGGUAUCGUAUAAGCAGAUGUCAGAGCUGAGACAAAAUACAUAUGGUGCUGUUACAGACACACCUGAGAUGCUGCAUGCUGCGCACGUGAAGGACAUAUACAGCCAGUUACAGUACACAGCUGAUUCAAAACUACUGAAAGGCACGGUGUCUUCAGUAGCAGACACUCCAGAGAUUAUCCUUGCCAAAGAAAACUCUAAAAGGAUUAGCAGUGUGUUCUACAAGGAGGGAGUUGGAACUGGAAUAGCAGUGAGAGAAACUCCUGAGAUGGAAAGAGUAAAGAAAAAUCAGCAGAAUGUUAGUAUGGUAAAAUAUAAAGAAAGCAUUGGACAAGCAACAGCAAUCCCGGACCCUCCCGAGUUAAAGAGAGUCAGAAGAUCAUCAGUAACGGGUGGCACCAUUGUAUGGAGGGCAACAGUGACAAUGAGAGAGGAGACAUGUCUGGCAUAUAAUGUGCUGGUCGGAGAUACAUAAGACUGCUUCAAGGGCAAUCAAAGGUGGGUGUGGUCAGUCACUUCAGGAUAAGCAAUCGCCACUUUCUCAAGACAAUGACUGUGAGACUACCCUUGCAACUCCCCUAGGACACAGAGUGCCGGUUCACACAAUCCCCAAAAUACAGUCUGGCUCCAUGACUGCAAGGAAGAGUCUUUGUAAUAAUUCAUACAUUAUAACUGACAAAAAUAUCCUUACAAGUCACUGAUGCUAAUAACUAACAGAGUGAGUUCUUUGGACUUUUUUAUUUUGUUAACAGAAUGAAAGUAUCAAGUACAAUAUUCAAGGAAUGCAAGGACAUUUUUAUUUAUGUAAACAAAUAUAACAGCAAGUGAGUUUGGGUUUGUGUUUAUCUUCAGAACACAGUUUGGCAUGCUUGGCCUAGUUGCUGGCAAAACAUUAUUGAAAUCUGGUUCCCACUAAGGCUGCAUUUUAAGGUGGAUUAGAUGGGGUUCUGUAAAUUCAGCAGUUACUCAUGCACCAGGUAAUCUAUACAUUUGGAGAAGUGUCACGUAACGGCAAACCAAAGAAUAUAGCUGAUUUACAGUGAACCGCUUCUUGUAGAUUCGACCACACAUUACAGCUGAUAUCAGCUGUGGCAGGCAUUUUUUCUCCAUUUUUUAAAGUUGAUCUUUUUUCUCCUUUUUUAGUAUUUUAUUUUGUCAUUUAACACUUUCAGAGUUUAGACAUUCUGGUAGGGGCAGUGUAAAUGUUUAAGUUCUAUAUUUCACAAAUCACAAAUGAAGAAUGAAAGAAUUUGGCCUUGACUCUGGUAAUUCACUGUGUUAAUGUUACGCAUUGACUGUG